AUUCAAACAGUAAUAUUCCUGAUUUUUUAGACGUAGGAGCAUUUAUUAAUGUUCGACCAAUUGCAGAUUACUUAAAGUACAAGUUACUGAAAUUUCCAUUCAAGCCAACCAGUUGUUAUAAUUUCAAAAAUGAUAUGAUCCCAGGUGCUAAACGAGGAUUCAGUGUUGGAUGUCUGGAUAAAUAUGAUUGGAUGCCUACUCUUAAAAGAGGAUUGUAUGGAGCAUUUAUAAUGAAACCGUUUGUUAAAUUUUAUAAAAUACAUGAAGAAGCAAAAAAACAUAGCCAAUUGCAAUGUCAUAAAGAUUCAACAGCAUCAGCAAAAAUGUUUGAGGAUACAUUAACAUUUAAAAAAAAAACUGUGUUGGAACAAAUAGAUACUGGGUAUAACAGAGUUAUUGAAAAUAACCGAAAAAAGAUUAUCCCAAUUAUUAAAACAUUAAUAUACUGUGGAACACAUGAUAUUGCUAUAAGAGGUAAAUGUUCUGAUGAAGGAAAUUUUAUUGAUUUACUGAAGUUUCGAGUAGACUCUGGUGAUACAAUUUUGAUGAAUCAUUUUGAAACAUGUACAACUAAAACAAAAUAUGUGUCCCAUAGAAUACAGAAUGAGAUAAUAAGUAUUUGUGGUGAUGUUAUUCGCAACGAUAUAAUAUCUUGUAUCAAUGAUUCUUAUGUAUUUUCCUUGUUAGCUGAUGAAACUUCUGAUAUAAGCGGAAAAGAGCAAUUGUCAAUUGGUAUUCGUUAUUUCAACAUGCAAAGUUUUGAAAUUAGAGAAGAAUUUCUAGGUUUCACUGAAGUUCAAGACCUAAGUGCUGAAGGUAUUGCAAAUGCCUUAAUUAAUAUCACUAAUAAAUAUGGAUUAAGUUUGUCACAACUUAUUGGCCUUGGAUUUGACGGAUGCUCGACAAUGAGUGGUAGAAUAAAUGGAGUACAAAGUAUCAUACGACGCAA